UCAAAACCAACUAGUAUCAGGGAAUCUGCGAAGCAAGUAACAUGACUAUCAAACUAUACAAAUUUGACGGCAGCCCGGUGGUCAGACCAGCUCUGAUGCUGGCAGACAUUCUUAAACUGGAACUUGAAUCAGUUAACGUGAACCUCAGGAACGGAGAUCAUUUGAAGCCGGAGUACGUUAAAAAGAAUCCCAACCACACCAUACCCAUGUUAGAAGAUGAUGGGUUCAUAGUAGCAGACAGCCACGCAAUCUUAACUUACCUGGUCGAUAAGUACGGACAGGAUCAACAACAGUUGUACCCCAAAGAGUUGAACUUAAGGACGACAGUGAACCAGCGAUUGUUUUUCGAAGCCAGUACCAUAGCUAACGCAAGAACCGCUGCCUUAAGUGGAGUAUACAAAAAUAACGCAACUGGUCCCGAUGAAGAGGGGCUAAAGAAAGUACAUGACUUAUACAAAAUUUUGGAAGCGUAUUUAUCAAAGACGAAAUUCUUGGCUUGUGACCAUUUGACAAUAGCUGAUCUGUCGUGUGUCGCGAGUAUUUCGGCCCUGGACGUCGCAGUACCCAUCGACACUAAGUACGAGAAACUGAGCGCUUGGUUUAACACGCUGAAGCAAGAGCAGUGGUACAAGAAUGGUAACGAACCAGGAUUGAACAUUUUCACUCAGUAUUUCAAGAGUAUGGUAGCGAAGAACAGUGGGCAGGCGUAGUGUUUAAUUUAGGUAGUUUUUAUGAUAUAAUUUUAUUGUUUAAUUUAUU